GAGGAAUAGAUUAGAUAGAUACUUAGACGCUCAUUAAAUACACAAAUUUCUUUUAAUUAUUGAUUAAAUAAAUAAAAUGCGUUUCUUUUUACAAAGAGUAGGUCCAUGUUCACUAUUUCAUGAGAAAAUUGACAUAGUGAAAGAUAAAAAAGGAACAACGAUAGCAUACGGCCAUUUCACCAUGUGUAUGAAAGCACCAAAAUGUGAUUCCAAAUAUUAUCUUGGGUCACCUUACAUCGACAUGGAACAUUUCGUCAUUUAUUUUGAUGACGGCCGGUGGUUCAUUAAAGAUUUGGAUUCAGAAACUGGAACAUUUCUUUGCCAAAAUAACAAUCCCAUUCAGUUGAAGCCAAAUGUUUCCUACGAAAUAAAUUUUAAUGACAUUAUCGGGAUUGCAGUGUGUCCAAAAUUGUGGAAUCUCACGAAAGCAUUUCGAGACAAUAAAGAUCUUUUUGUUUAUGAAUUCCUAAAAGAUGGAAUUACAAAAAGAGAAAAGCAAGUAGAUUCUAAAGAAAGUUUACAAAAUGUGCAGUUAAUUAUAAGUGUGGCAAACAUGAUGCACAAGUCGUCAUCAUUCAGUGGAUUACUUAAUGGUGAUGGCCUGCAAAGCCGCUGGCGUCAAACGGCAGCUACCAGCUUUAUUAGACGGAAAAAGAAAUUCAGAUUUCACUUUAUUUACCUUGUUGCAAUAAUUCUUGUAAUUCUGAUUAUAUAUGUAUGUCUGCCUCCUACGAAAAAGACAUUAGCAGGGUCCUAUAUUGAAUCAUCACUUUCGAUUUGUUCAAAUCCAGUCAAUUACAAUUCCACAUAUCCACUAACGAGGCCAAUCGUUAAUCCACAUAAUCAUCACACUAUCUGGCGAAUAGGAAUUAUCGCUGAUUUAGAUACGAAUUCAAAACGCCAAGAGGGCAAAAACAGCUAUUCUAGCUUCAUCAAACGUGGUCAUCUUACUGUUGGUCCAUCACAUUCAACUUACGAGUUUAAAUGGGAUUCUGAUGAUUCAACUGAAAUCACAUCAGGCUACAGUCUUAAAGGACGUGGCAUGGAACUUUCUGAACUUGUGACGUUUAAUGGAAAGCUUUUAACAUUUGAUGAUCGAACAGGAAUUGUAUUUGAAAUAAACAACGAAGUUGUUUCACCUUGGGUGAUUCUUACGGAUGGCGAAACAAUCUCACCUAAAGGCUUUAAGUCUGAAUGGGCGACAGUGAAAAACAAUCAAAUGUUUGUCGGAUCGAUGGGCAAAGAAUGGACAAAUGCUGCAGGCGUAUUUGAAAAUUAUAAUCCAAUGAUGGUGAAAGUGGUCAGUGCAAGUGGCGAAGUGAAAACUUUAAAUUGGAUUGAGAACUUUAAAGCGCUUAGGAGCGCAUUAUCGAUCGAAUGGCCCGGUUACCUCAUACAUGAAUCAGGUGCUUGGAGUGAGAAUAAUAGAAAAUGGUUCUUUCUACCAAGACGUUGCUCUAUGCAACGUUACAAUGAGACUUUAGAUGAGUCACGAGGAUGUAAUCAACUGUUGAUUGCUGAUGAAACUUUCAAAGAUGUCAAAGCAAUUGAAGUUGGUGUUUUGAAACCAACGAGAGGUUUUUCUAGCUUCAAAUUUCUUCCAGGAUCCAUGGAUAGUAUUAUCGUAGCUCUAAAGACAGAAGAACUUAAUGGUGCGACAAGCACUUUUGUCACUGUAUUUGAUAUCAAUGGAAAUAUUCUCCUUGAGGAUGAACGAAUUCAUACAGAAUUUAAAUAUGAAGGAUUUGAAUUUAUUUAAAUGCGAAGUUUUACGAGUUUUUAGAAAAUUAUUAAGAAAAAUCAAACAACCUGAAAUGUUUAUUUGAAGUUCUUAAAGCUAUCAAGGAACGAAAGGAAAAUCUCUAAAAAACUUUAUCAUAAUUAAUGAAAUGAAUAUUGAUGCCAAUGAAUGUUGUAACUUGACUAUUCAUAAGAACAGAACGUGAUAACAUAAGGCAGAAUAUGAAAUGCCUUUGCCUGUUGUAAAAUACUUUCUUAUUGUUUCUCUCUUUCCCAUCCGUAAAUUGUCUAAAUAUUCAAUUGAACCUCAACAAAUGCUUAUUUUUAUUUGUUGCAAAUUUAUAACGUAAUUAAUAAAAGUUAAAAUAUAAAUUUAUCGACUAAA